GGUGCCAUUGUUUCAUCCAUCUGGUUUGCAUUUAAUUGCACAAUUUAUGUUGCAAGCACCUAUCAACCAUCAAUAUGCUAUCUCUUUUCAGCUGAAGCGGCCAAGAAGAAUGAGGACGGAACACAGAAGACUCUUAAGGGAAAAUUUAAAGCCAAAAUAGCCCCAGGGGAGAACACAGCUGCGGAGGCUGAGCUGGAGCGACAAAUAACAAAAGAAGAUUUUGUGAAGAUGGAAGUACUUGGACAGUUCAAUCUGGGAUUCAUAAUUGCCCGGCUGCGCAACGACCUAUUCAUCAUCGAUCAGCAUGCGACUGAUGAGAUUUAUAACUUCGAAACACUACAAACUACAACUAAAUUACAAUCGCAGCCAAUGGUGGUCCCCAAGUUACUCGAACUGACAGCUCCCCAGGAAUCGAUCCUCCUCGAUGAGCUGCCAAUAUUCGAGAAGAAUGGAUUUCGAUUUACUGUGGACCAAAGCGAGGGUGCAAUGAUAGGUCGUCGCGUCCGCCUCAGCGCUGUACCGAAUUCUAAGAACACUGUGUUUGGUGUAUCAGACGUCGAAGAAAUGAUUCAUACACUCAGCGACACGCCAGGAGUGCUUUGUAGGCCCACAAAAGUGCGCAAGAUGUUUGCUAUGCGUGCGUGCAGGAAAAGUAUCAUGAUCGGGACGGCUUUGAAAAAGCGGAAGAUGAAGGAGAUGCUCGUGCACAUGGGCGAGAUCAAUUUGCCGUGGAAUUGUCCGCACGGACGGCCAACUAUGCGGCACCUGCACACACUGACCGAGGACUCGUGAGGAUAGUACAGUACAAUAUUCGAGUAAAAAUACGUAAGUUUCCAUGUAGAGUUCUAUCUGCGUUUUGUAUUUAC